UGCGCACUUCCAUUCAUUCGUUAAAUUACUGAUGCGCUGCUAAAUAAUUUUUGUUUUAAAAAAUAUACUUCAAAAUGUCUAACGGGGUACAAGUUUUAAAUAACAAUCAGUCACAGAUAAAAAAAGGAUCUCAGUCUUCUAGACGUCAAGCAAAAAAUAUGGAUCAAAAAAAUAAUUCAGGGGUAAAACGACCCGGAGAUCCUAUUAUCGAAGGCGCGCCGAUACCAAAGAAACGUCACAAAAAUCCUCAGCCCAAGAAUGCAGUCUGUGCAUUAAAUGAAUUGAAAACCGGUGCUGUGUACAAAGUUGUCUCACAAACAGGACCAACUCACGCUCCGAUAUUCACAAUAGCCGUGCAAAUAGACGGUCAAUUGUACGAGGGUAAAGGUCGUACUAAAAAAAUGGCAAAACAUGCAGCCGCCGAAUUGGCAUUGCGCAAUAUCGUGCAGUUUCGUAAUACACCAGAAAUUCAUCAAGCGAUCGGCUGCCAGGCAUUGACUACCGUCGAGCCGGAUUUCACAUCCGACGUCACGGAAAAAGACAAUCAUCUUGUUAACGCGUUCAAGCCCUUGCUGCAGGAACCAAAAAAUCCCUCAAAGUUUAUUGACAAAGGUCCUGUUGCACUUAUCAAUGAACUGUAUCCUGGGGUAAUUUAUAAUUGUGUGUCGGACAAUGGCGAGAGUUAUGCUAAGUUUACAAUCGCUGUGACCAUUGACGGCGAAACCUUCGAAGGCACUGGACCAAGUAAGAAAUUAGCGAAGGCUGCUGCUAGCAAAGCGGCGUUAGCUAAACUUCGCAAUGUGCACAGUUCGACUUUUUGCAUACCACUGCCUGUACGUGUGCUACCAAAUUUUUCAAACUUUUCAUCAACGCAUGAGUCGAUGAGUUUACCGCAGAUGCUCGCUGAUAAAAUUGGGAAAAUGGUCAACUCGAAAUUUACUGAGUUGAUGCAAAAUAAACCCCAGCACGCGAGACGUAAAGUAUUGGCUGGUAUUGUACAGACCAAAGGCACUGAUGCUGAAUUAAUUUGUGUAACUACAGGGACAAAAUGUAUUUCUGGCGAACAUUUAAGUGUGACAGGGGGCGCAUUAAAUGACUGCCAUGCAGAGGUUGUGGCACGUCGUUGUUUAUGUGAAUAUUUAUAUCAACAAUUAAAAUUACAUACAGACAAUCGUGGUGACGAAUCAAUAUUAGAAGAAAAAAAUAAAAAAGGUUUCAAAUUAAAACCUGGUAUACAAUUUCACUUGUAUAUAAAUACCGCGCCCUGUGGUGAUGCCAGAAUAUUUUCACCACAUGAAGAAAAUGAAUCUGUUGACAAACAUCCUAACAGACGAGCACGUGGGCAAUUGAGAACUAAAAUUGAAUCUGGCGAAGGCACCAUUCCUGUUAAAAGUAGCGAAGGAAUUCAAACUUGGGACGGUGUACUUAUGGGACAAAGACUGCUGACGAUGUCGUGUUCGGAUAAAAUAGCUCGAUGGAACGUACUAGGUGUGCAAGGUGCAUUACUCAGCCACUUCAUCGAGCCUAUUUACUUCCACAGCAUCGUUCUCGGCAGCCUAUUAAAUCCUAGUCAUAUGUAUCGCGCGGUGUGCGGCAGAAUUGAAAAUACAAUUCAAGGAUUGCCGCCACCAUAUCGAUUAAAUAAACCACUUAUGAGUUUAAUUACGUCUUCCGAAGUUAGACAGCCGGGUAAGGCGCCUAAUUACAGUGUCAAUUGGACUACAGGACAAAGUGAAGCUGAAGUGAUAAAUUGCACGACGGGAAAAGACGAGUUGGGUAAACCGUCAAGAAUUUCAAAGCAGGGUCUGUUCCGUAUGUUUUUUAAUUUAUUGGGAAAGAUCAGUACAAUUGAUGACGUUGAUCGUGACGUAUGUCAUCAAUAUCUUGACGCUAAAUCUACGGUUCAAGAUUACUCGCACGCAAAGCGUCAGUUGAAGGAGGCAUUCGUUCGCGCGCAAUUGGGUAACUGGGUAAAGAAACCAAUUGAGCAGGACAUGUUUGAAGUUGAUAUCUGACUGAUUAACAAUGACAAUAGUGAUAAUACUAGCAGCAAUAAUAUUAAUAACAACAAUAAUGAUGAUGACAACAACGGUAACGUUAACGUACCAGCAUUUAAUUAUACAGGUGAUGAUAUUGAUAUUAAUAAUGAAAGGCCUCAUAAAUAUUAUCAGUAUCAGUAUUUAGCUCAUAGUGCAAACUAGAUCGCACGUUCGGCGUGUCACGGCACGGCAGAGUUUGGCAUUAGUAAAGCAUUAAUCGUAGGAACUCGCACUUAAUUAAUUAAUUAAUUAAUUAAUAAUUAAAAAUUUGUUUUAUUUAUUAUUUUUAGGUAAAUUUAUAUUUUUUUCAAUUAUCUUACAUCACUUUGUAAAAUAUUCUACAAAAUAAUUCAUUUUAAUCAGUAGUUAGUAGGCUUUGUACUAAAUUUUUUUUUUUAAAUAUUUUAUUUAAAAAAAAAUUUUGGCGGGAAAUGAAAAAAAAUUACGUUUUGUUUUAUUGACUUUUUUUUUUGUAAAAAUUUUGAGUAAAAAAAUUGUUUAACUUUUCGGUAAAAAAAUUUAAAAUUUUAAAAAGUUUUUAUUUUUAAUUGAAUUUUAAAAAAUAGAUUUUGUUUAAUUACAAAAAUUUUUUAAAAUUUUAUCUACAAAAUUAUUUUGUCUGGAAUUUAAUCUACAAAAAUUUACUGAGUAAUUAAUCGAACAAAUUUAAAUAAAAAAAAAUCAGUAAUUAAAAACUCGAACAAUUUUUUUUUUUAUUUAAAAAAAAGUUCACUAUUUUAUUUAAAUAGAAGGCAGUGAAAAAAUCAUAGCGGCCUUAGACUUGCAUUGAACUCUUGUUUAUUAAUCACAAUAACUUAGGAUUUAAAUUUAAAAAAAAAAAACAUCACAAAAAAAAUUAGAACUGUUCCCUUAACAUAAAAUUCGCGUAUUAAUUAUAAUUAUAAUAUUAACAUAUCGUAUGUUCAAUGUAUCGAUACAUAUAACUCUAUAAAUAUAAACUAUCAAUUAAUUAGAUAAUUAAAAAUUAAUAGUCCGGAUUUAAAUAACCGGGCAUAGAAAAAAAAUUGAACUUUUUUAGUAAUCGAAGUGUAAAAAAAUAAUAGAUAUUAAAAUUUUAAUCAUCGUAAUUAUAAAAUUAAUGAAAAAAAAAUUUUAACUAUUUCUUAAAGUGAGUAAUUAAAUAAUUAGUAUUUAAUAAUUUUUAAAAAUUCCAUUCGGUAAUUGAGUGAAAUUAAUUUUUAAAAUUAAUUAUAAUCGUAAUCAAUUAAUCAUUAAUUAAUUAAUAUACAGUAGAAGUAAUUAACUAUAAUUAAUAUUUUAAAAAACUGAGUUAAAUUUUUCUGAUCCUCAAGUUAGCAGACAAAAAUUUUCUGAUUUUUUUUUCGACAAAUUAUUUGCAAAAAAAAAAAAUAAAAUAAAAAUGUGCACGUAUAGGAAAUUUAAAAAACUACUGGUGCAAUUUUUUCAAAUUUUUUUUUUCAUAAUUUUUCGUCUAAAAAAAAAUCCAAAAUGGACGUCGGCUAACUUCUGUAUCAAUUUUUUUUAAAUUACGACUUUGAAAAAAAAAAAAAAAAGUCUUAUAAAAUUAAUUGUUACGACUCAUGACUAAUAAAUUUAAUGGAUAAUUUGCUUAUAAUCGACGUAUUUUAUAAAUUAACUGCAUUACCCUAAAGGCUGUGACCUGUAAUUGAACUUAAAGGAAUCGAAAUUUUUAUAAACGAUAAUUAAAAAUAAUGAAUUAUCUUUCGACUUAAUUGUUAAAUGAAUUCAGGGUAAAAAUAUAUAAAUCUUGCCCAAAUUUACAAUUAAUUAUUUUAUUUAAAUAAU